GCCUUUCUUAAAUAUCAGCCCAUUUUGGGCGGGAAGGGUUACCCUCUUCUCUCCAGUUCGAAGAGUCGCAUUCGAAUUGCAAGAAAUCAAAGAACUAAUCAAUAACACGAAUAAUUCAAGUGAGAGGGAGAAAUGGAAUUGCCUCCGCAGUUGGGUUCAAGAGGGGCAGAAGCACUUAAACAUAUAGCUCCUGGAUCAUCAAUUUCUGUUGCAUAUCACCCAUCUUUUGGACCAUAUGAAGACCUCCUCUUUCUAGAGCUUGAUGAGAAACUUCUCCCAGAUGUUCUGAAUGAAAGGGUGGUCUUGAGAGGACAGCCUGACGAAGAUGCAGUUCUUUGUACUCAAUCCAAGACAUACGCUAUGAAGUUUGUUGGAACUUCCAAUUCUGUUCUGCUUGUACCACCUGCAAAUCAUUCAGAAUAUUAUGAAAAUCAACUAAAGAAUGAUAGUAAUAGUGAUGAAGAGAAAGUUGUUGUACCUGUACUCAAAGUUGUAUCUGGUAAUAUGGAGCUUAUUGAGACAGCCCCCAGACUUGAUAAGCUUAAAUCACUUCUGUCAGAAAAACCUUACAAAUUGGAGGAGGAUGACAUGGGAAAUUUAGAAGAGAAUCAGGAAUCUAGAAUAGGAUUAUAUAACUGGAAUGAUCUAGUAGACAAUAUUCAAGCUAGUGAUGAGGAAUUAUUGUCCGGACUGCAGGCUCUUUCGGCACUGGAGAUUUAUGGGUAUUGGAGAUUAGUUGACGGGAGUUACAUGGACAUGAUUCUGGGAAUGAUUUUGAAAAAUGCAGUGUUGAAUGACUGGUCACUUAAUGCUUUAAAUGAAGAUGAAGUUGUGAGUACACUGGAAUCAGAUGGAUUUCCUGGGGUGCUUGCUAGGCAUUGUUUGAAUGUAUAUGGUAACAGAGUAAAUGAGUGCAUGCCUAGCUUAGUCUGGAAGUUGGAUGAGAAGCGAGUAUGCAUACAUUUUGCAAGAGACAUCCUAAAAGGGGGUAAGAGGAAGUUAGAGAGUUUCAUGGAUGAAUGGAGGCAGAAGAUUCCAGACGGAAUGCAGCCCACUUUUGAUCUUGUGGAAGGAGAGGUAUUAACAGAGAAAAUUGGAGUUGAAACAUGGGUCCACGCCUUCAGUGUCGCUUCUUUGCCUUCCACUCCAGCUGAGCGUUUCUCUAUUCUUUUCAGAGAGAGGCCAAAAUGGGAAUGGAAAGAUCUUCAACCCUAUAUCAGAGAUCUGAAGUUACCGGGUCUUUCUUCAGAAGGUUUGCUACUCAAAUACACUCGAAGGACACAACCAUCAGCUGAUGCAGAACCAGUUUUCAGUGCAAGAUAGCAAGAAAAGAGCUUCCGCAUAUGCUGUAACUGUGUGAGUUGGAAAAGCAUAACAUGUUUUUGUAAUCAAAAGCAGAAUUAGAUCGAAAGCUUUACAUUAUACCCAUUGGUUAGAACUUUUUGUGCUCGGUUCUGCAUCUCAAGAGCUUCAGUUGGGCAAUUGAAAUUUUUUGGGACAGGUAAUCGAAAACAAAGUGAUGCUUAUUCAGGAUUUUCAGAUCCAAAAGACCAUCAGAGGAGGGAGUUGGUUCAAAUGAUAGGCACUUCUUCCUUUCUUCUCCUAUUUAUGCCUGUUUAAAGUUUCUUCUCCUAUUUAUGCCUGUUUAAAGUUUCUUCUCCUAUUUAUGCCUGUUUAAAGUCUUUUGGACUAUUAGAGAUCCUACUCGAAUCUUGUGGUCAAUCCUAUUUCCAAUAGGACUAGAUGAUAAUUGAAUCCAAUUUUUUCUAUAA